GAGGUGAGAAGCUGGUCACAGCAGCAGCACAAUGAAAGGACACAUCAUUUUCCUUGGUGCCGCUCUCCUAUUUAUUGGCAUUUUUGUGAAACUUUCACCCCAAGGAAAAGGUUCCUAUAAUGACAAAUACCUGUCCCUGCUGGGGUCCCCGCACAGCCCCGACCUGCGCAAGGAAAUCGCCCAAAGGCACAGGGACCUGAUGAUCUUCCAUAAAAUGUUACUGGGUCGCCAAAGGACAGAUCCCGAGGGUGAGCCGCUGAGGAUUCUGGGAGCCGAGCCACCGCCACGCGAGACGCUAACGUGCCAAGACCUCUCCGAUUUGUCGGCAAUCGAUUACAUCGGGUCCGGCUUUACCAAACUGGUCCUGAGGGGGACUUUAUUGAACGGCGAAGCUAUUGCGAUCAAGACGGUCCACGGCGAAGGGAACGACGUGAAAAACUGCGUGAAGGCGUACGGCGACCGCGUCGGCUGUCACCGGCUGGCUACGUACAAACUGCAGAAGGAGAUCGCGCUGAUGCAGAUUCUGCGCCACCCCGGCGUCACCCAGCUCCAUGGACAGUGCUACGUGAAUAGCGAACCCGCGGACCUGAGGGUCACCGCCAUGCUGGAUCUGGGGUCUCCCCUUGAGAUGAUUCAGCUCCUGCAGGCCCCCUGGGAGGAGAGAUUUAAAGUCUGCCUAGAACUGGUGCGGUUAUUACAUUACCUGGCGCACUCGCCCUUGGGUUCCGUUGCCCUCCUGGAUUUCCAGCCGCGGCAGUUCAUCCUGGUGGAAGGAAAUCUGAAGCUGACGGAUUUGGAUGACGCCACCAAUGAGGAGAUCUCGUGUAGGCAGGAUGCGGAUUGCGCCCUCACCUUUCCUGCCAGGAGUUUCGCCGUCGCAUGCUCUACGGGAGGGACCUGCAUGGGAGCCAAUGAGAAGAGAAAUCUCUACAAUGCUUACAGAUUUUUCUUUACUUACCUCUUGCCCCACGCCUCACCUCCUGCCCUUCGACCUCUCCUCCAGGACAUCAUGAAUGCAACAGGUGAUUUACGCUUCGGGAUUCAUGAAACCCUGAAGGCCUUUGAAGAUGUCCUGAGCUAUUACAAGUCAGGAAUGAACCAGAGCUGGACCCAAGAUCUGAGAGAAUACUCGGCGCAGAAAGGAUUUCGUAUCAACGAGACGACCAACGAUUUCCGCUGCUGGCCGUCUUAUAACCACCAGGGAUGCCUGCUGUCUAUGCACAGCGCCACCGAGGCGGCACAAUUCUGCAGCAGUCACCCCCGCUGCUGGAACUUCAUGAUCGGCCAACAGAGGACAUGGACGGGUCGCUAUCUUGUGUCCUUUACUAGCGGCGGAGCGCGGCUUAUCCCAGAGGAGAACUCAUUUGUCUACGUCAAGCAGUCAAGUGACAACGGAAGUCACGAUGUACAAAAUAUACAGAAAGGCUGAAGAAUUGCUUGCUACCCAUCGCAGCGCUAAAAUGCGUAAAGGCGUCCGAUCAGCAUCAAAAACAUUAUGAAUUGCACAAAAGUAUGUAAUGCAAGUUACAUAGGAUGCAGGUUCCUCAUCUCAUGGCCAGAGUCCAUAGGCGUCUGGGGCCCAACCUGCAACUCAGGGGCCACAUGUGGCCAUUUGGAACUUUCUGAAUGCCUGUUGGGACCCCUGCAGACACUAAUGUGUGUUUCACAAUUGCCCUGUGAAAGCCGUGAUUACCAGUAGUCUCUUGUAAUGUGCUACCUGUCUAUGUCUUCUGAAUCAAGUCCCCGGUCACCAGUAUCUCCUAUACCAUGUUCACAGUCUUACCAUUUUCUCCAGCAUAUCCGCAGUCUCUGAUCAUCUCCUGUAUCAUGUCCGCAGUCUCUGGCCAUCUGUUGUAUCAUGUCUGCAGUC